CACAUCCAGUACCCAGUUGCCAAGGCCCCGCUCAGCUUCCCUGUGGUAAAGUGGAACAACUUAAAAAAAAAAAGGUUUUUGUUUUUUUGUUUUUAAAUUAAAUGUGAGAAUUUUAUACAGUGAAUUCUGGUGGCCCUGAUUUUGAUUGAGUACCCUUUCAUCAUUUGGGGACUCUGCACCCCUCCUAAGUCUUUCUGGGAACUGGAAGUGAAACCUUUGUGAUUUAUUUAUUCAGACUUCUGUCUGGAAUAAUGCUGUAGGAAAGACACGCUGCUUCCAUUCAGUGCCAAGAAAGGCUCACAAAAAGAAAAGCAGGCGGGGAGUAGCGGAGACAUGAGGAGUAGCACCACAAGAGGAGACAUAGUGGCAGCCCACGUGGGGUGAAGUCCCUCACGUGUCUGAAGCAAUUCUGGCCGUUGCCAGCAUGUGAACUCUAGAGGUCUGGUUUCUCUUGGAGAAGACUGAAGAACCGGGGACGUCCUGGGCUCGCCGUCCUCUUAGGGCUCCACGAUGGGUCACAGUCCCUGCCCGUAUUUACUUUUUCCGUUUCAGGCUCGCUGCCUGCUUAUUCUAUUCUUGUUUCACAAGUUAGCCUGUGAUAAGAGCUGGGUAGGACAGGAGGCUGUCUGACCUGCACGGUGUGACACAGCAGCUAAGAGGCAGAAGUCUCACUCUUCCAUGGAUGUUCUUGUCUGUCUCCCGUGGCAUGAUUCUAGCAGUCUUGGGGAGCUGUCCCCGCCAACCCCCAGGAGCCCCUUGAAGGACACAUUGUCAAUGCAGGAAGCAGCCAGAUGAGACAGCUCCGCUGAAGUGAAGCACCCGGGCCAGAUGAUGGCUGUGGCCUCACCUCCGCCAGAGCCGGAAGACCUCCUGAUUGUGAAGCUGGAGGAGGACUCGUGGGGAUCAGACUCCAGACCCGAGAAGGAGAGCCACAGCCCCGUCCCUGGCCCCGAGGUUUCCCGCCGGUGUUUCAGGCAGUUCCGAUACCGGGAUGCAGCUGGACCCCAUGAGGCCUUCAGCCAGCUCUGGGCGCUCUGCUGUCGUUGGCUGAGACCUGAGCUUCGCCUCAAAGAACAGAUCCUGGAACUGUUGGUGCUGGAGCAGUUCCUGUCCAUCUUACCCAGGGAGGUGCAGACCUGGGUGCAGGCACGACACCCCGAGAGCGGAGAGGAGGCGGUGGCCCUGGUGGAGGAUUGGCACCGAGAGGCCUGGGCUGCCGGACAGCAGGGACUGGAGCUAUGCUCUGAAGACUCCAGGUCCUUCGAAGCAGUUCAGGAGUUCCAGAGGUUCCAGCUGCAGCCAGUGACCCACGGCUCUGAGGGCCAGCCCCGAAAACAGUGGGUGGAGAAUGCACGUCCCGACCUUUCCAAGAUGCCACCUGAGUCCUUGAAAGAGAGUGCUGUCCUCACACCCCAAGCCCCAACUGUUCCAAAGAUGGCGAGCAUUGGAGAUUGGGAGGUGGCAGGCAAGUCCCAGGAAACCCCGAGCCCCAGUAGACAAGCCAAGAAGGAGCCCUGCCAGGACCCCGCAGGAGGUGAUCGUGGGGACAGUGCGUGCCUGGGAGUUCCAGCUUCAAAGCCAAGUGCCACCUCCCAGCAAGAGCAAGGACCGGAGAUUUGGGGUCUGAGCCUUAUAAAUUCUGGGAAUGGGAGUGCUGCAGACGAUAGCCUGGACAGUGCGCAAGACAAGCCAGUGCAGGCAGUGGCCCAGGCAGACUCAAGGGCCUGGGGAGAGCCGUGCCAAUGGGGUGCGGAGGACAUGAAGGUGUCAGGUGUUCACUGGGGCUAUGAGGAAACCAAGACUUUCCUGGCCAUCUUAAGUGAGUCUCCUUUCUCUGAAAAGCUCCAGACCUGUCACCAGAACCGCCAGGUAUACCGGGCUAUCGCAGAGCGACUGAGGGCACGGGGCUUCUUGCGGACUCUGGAGCAGUGUCGCUACAGGGUCAAAAACCUUCUCCGGAACUACCGGAAAGCCAAGAACAGCCAUCCGCCAGGGACCUGCCCCUUCUAUGAGGAGCUGGAGGCCCUUGUGAGGGCUCGGACAGCCAUCAGAAGAACCUCAGGUGGGCCAGGAGAGGCAGUGGCACUCCCCAGGCUGGGUGACAGCGACACUGAGAUGGAUGACCAAGACGAAGGGAGCUGGGAGCCCGAGGAGACCGUGGAAGACUGCAGUGGUUCUGGCCUGGCCGCCGAGGAGUCUCUUCAGGGGCCCAGGAUUGCAGGGGGCCCAGCUCUGCUCCAGAGCCGUAUUGGCGUGCACUGGGGCUUCGAAGAGACCAAGGUCUUUCUGGCAAUUCUCAGUGAGUCCCCCUUCGCCGAAAAGCUUCGCACCUGUCACCAAAACAGCCAGAUAUACCGGGCCAUCGCUGAACGGCUGCGUGCGCUGGGUUUCCUGCGGACGCUGGAACAAUGCCGCUACCGAUUCAAGAACCUUCUUCGAAGCUACAGGAAAGCCAAGAGCAGCUGUCCACCAGGAACCUGCCCGUUCUAUGAGGAGAUGGACUCACUGAUGAGGGCUCGGACUGUGAUCAGAGCCGUGGAGAUGGUAGGAGAAGCCACAGGCCUCCCUGGAUCUGGGCAGAGCAGUACUGAGGCUGAUGACCAAGAGGCCUGGGGUGAGAUGGAAGAUGAGGACGCCGUUAGACUUCUGACUCCAGACUCCCAGCCUGCAGAUGCAGGAUUUGAGUUGAAGCGUGAGGAAGAAGACCAGAUUUCAGAGCAGGAUGUUUUGGGGGAUUUGCCUGGCGCCUUAUCAAGAUAUACCACCAAAGCCGUUUGCCAGCCUUGUGACUGGGGGGAGGACCAUGUGAACGGAAAUGAAGGGGAGUGGAGGAACACAUGGGAAGAGUGCUCCUCUGAGGAGGACUUAGAAAAACUCAUUGACCACCAAGGCCUGUACCUCACAGAGAAACCCUACGGAUGUGACACACGUGCCAAAAGCUUCAGUCGGAAAGUGCAUUUCUUUGCCCCGCAGCGGACCCAUUCAAGUGAGAAACCCUACAAGUGUCUUGGCUCUGGGAAGAGUUUUAGUGACCGUGCCAACCUCAGUACCCACCAGAGAAUCCAUAUUGGAGAGAAGCCGUACAGAUGCCUGGAGUGUGGGAAGAGCUUCAAUGACCCCUCUAACCUCAUCACCCACCAGAGAACCCACACAGGGGAAAAGCCCUAUAAAUGUGGGCUGUGUUGGAAAAGCUUUAACCAGAGCUCAAACCUGCUGAAACAUCAGCGGGUCCACUUGGGAGGACCUCCCAACCAGCGGGAUGAGCCCGGGGAGAACUUUGGCCAAAGUCUAUCAUACAGUGCUCACUGGAGACGAAAUUCUACACAGGAGGGACCUAAAGAACCUCAGAAUAUCAGCAUGGGUGCCGACUCUCCUGGAGCCUGUCACCCCAACUCCGGGGAGAAGCUGUACUCGUGCCCUGAGUGUGGAAGGUGCUUCUCUAAGAGCUCUGCCCUCACGAGUCACCAAAGGAUCCACAGUGGCGAGAAGCCGUAUGAGUGUGCCGUGUGCGGGAAGAGUUUCAGCAAGAGCUCCAGCCUGGCUAACCACCGACGGACUCACACCGGCGAGAAGCCGCACAAGUGUGCGGACUGCGGGAAGUGCUUCAGCGAGCGUUCCAAGCUCAUCACCCACCAGAGGGUCCACACGGGAGAGAAGCCCUACGAAUGCCCCGAGUGUGGCAAGUUCUUCCGAGACCGCUCCAACCUCAUCACCCACCAGAGGAUUCACACGGGAGAGAAGCCGUACAAGUGCAGAGAGUGCGGGAAGUGCUUCAACCAGAGCUCCAGCCUCAUCAUUCACCAGCGGAUUCACACGGGCGAGAAACCCUACAAGUGCACAGAAUGCGGCAAAGACUUCAACAACAGCUCCCACUUCAGCGCCCACCGCAGAACCCACGCGGGAGGGAAAGCGUUGUAGGCAACACCUCCUCCUCCUCCUGACAGAAGCAAUAAUGUGUAUCUAUGCCUCUCAAGUUCCUAAAACACUCUAGAAAGAAACCUUCCGAUGUUUAAGCUUGCUGUAAAUCUAGAGGUGCCAUCUUUGUAAAAUCCGGGUAAUUUGGAAGUGAAUUUCAGUGACUAAGGUUUGAAGGUACUUCCAAGUGUAAUUUGGUUUGCACACGCCCAAUACACACAUAGAAUCCUUACGAUGUCUUUACAAAUGCUGUCACUUGAGAACUUAGUCUGAGGCAGAUGGGUGAUAUUGGGGUUAGAGUUGAAUCCGUGGCCCAGCAUACUGAUUCCUGUUUCUUUCUGUGCCUUCGCUACCCUUCCCACGGAAACCAGUUCUUGUUCUUCUUGGUAGUUUGCAGUUGGAGCAAAUCCUCACAGGGAAAACCUUGAAAACUCACAGUGAGAGGAGGUGUAGACUGGGAACUAGUGCCUGGGGUACCCCAUCUUGAGGUCAGCAGCAAGUGGGGCCACAGCGAGAUCAUUGCAGAAUCAUUACUAAUAGAAAUAGCUGUUCAUUGAACAUUUGCUCUUUGGCAGCCUGUGUGCCAAGCGCCUUAUGUAACAUCUCAUUUAAUCCUCAAAGUAGUCCCAGCGUAGAAAAUGGAGGAGGCACAAUUCAUCAAGACUUGUGUGUCCCCAGAGCCUGAGGGGCUGGGUGCUCUCCUGAGUCCUCUUACAUGAGGGCAUUAAUGAACUCUCUGUCUUUUACAAGUACAGAAGUUGAGAGUUCCUGCAGGUGAGAGGAUUUGGGACGUUCAGAAGUGGUGAGGUGCUCUGUGUGAGGCUGAGUUGUUACCAGAGCAAUGGGUCUGAGUCACCAUCUUUAUAGAGUCAUACGGGUGAGAGAGGUAGGUAGAUGGAGACAGUGUGACUUGCAGCGAGAUCGUGCUUUGGCUAAGAAGUGGGUUGAAGAGUCCUUUCUCAGGUCAGUCCUGCUUCUCUGUACCUGUGGCUGGGCACAGGUGACCAUGUCUUCCCAAACUCAACUUCCCUGUGCUCAGUCUCGCCUGCCUUUUGGUCUCUCUGGCUCAGUUUCUUCAUUUCCAAUCCCGAUGCCUGAGGUAGAAGGAGCUGAAACAUUGUCCUUUACUGAGAGGGCUUGAAAAGGGUUCCAUGUUCUAGGUUCAUGACACCCUUUUAGCUUGAGUCCUCUUGUCCUAAGCUGCCCUAUAUGGUCUCUUAGACCAGCCACUCCCACAACAGGCUACGGCAGGGAGGCCCAUACACAGUGCUUUUCUUGUUUGUAGCACUUUGGCCUCCAUAGUUUUUCUUAGGGUUUAAAAACAUUGAAUAAGGACUUUGACUUUCAUAGAUUUUUAAAGGAAGGUGACUUUCUUACGUCUAUGUGUGACCUUAGAGUGCCACUUGUAUCCCAGUUACUUCAGGGCUCUGGAAGUAUUGAUCAGAGAAUAGCUGUGAAGAACUUUGAAGACUGGAACGUUCUAUUUGUAUGUGAGAAAGUAGGUGGAAGCUCUUGAUUGCUGUCCCCUCUAAAGGAGGUCACUCCCUAGCCUUCUUCUAGGAACCGGAAGCCCCUUCCCAGGAACGAGUCCACUGGAGGCUACUUUCUGUCAACUCUCUUCAGCUUACCUUUCCUGGCUCAUCUUAUCUCUGAGGAUCAGGGGUCAUGGGGUGAGCCCUGGUUAAAGAUCAGCAAAUGUCAGUUAUUGCAGUAAGAAGAUACGUAGGAUACCCUGGGUCUGAAAGGAAGGGUCCUGAGGGAGAGAAGAACAUUCUAGAGAAAGUUACCAAGGUAUGAAAGACCUGGGUUCUAGGUGAAGGUAGAGGCCCAGGUUUGUAUCCUGGGGUAAGGGACUGGGAUGGUGGGAGGGUGGCAUCUGGGAUUGCACAGGUGCUGGGACAAGGUCAUUCUGGGUGCAGCAAUGCCUUCAGCUCUUUCUUUUCAGAAGUUGGAAGCUCAGCUGGGUGGGCCCUUAAUGGUGCUAAUCUCUAUCGAUUCCAGCCUCACAUUCAGCACAUGCCUUAGUUGUAAUUAAAUUGCCUAGUGCUUUUUUUCUCUCCAAACUGAACAUUUUGUAUUUCUUUCUGUCUCACUUGCAGUUUUUGAUUGCAGACCCACAUAAGAGUUAUUGGUACUAACUAUGCCACAGGCACAUUACUACACUGUUUUGAAAUACUCCUUAAAAAAAAAAGGUUCAUUACUUUUAAAUUUAGCUUUGGGCAAAUUCUUAGAGCACAGGCAGAAGGCAGCCAGAUUAUUUGCCAGAAUGUCACACAAACGGUCUCAUAUCCCAGUCCCUAAUACUUUGUUUCCUUCUGAAUCCUCAGGAGCUGGGCCCUCACAGUCUGCAUUUCCCUCAGUACUACUAUUGUCCUGACUCUUACUGUUGUGGCCCAUUAAGCUUUGCUUAUAGCAUCCCAUCCUAAACACAAAGCAGAGAGAACAAACUGGAAUUGAGUGAGACUAUAAGCAAUCAAAGCACCACCCUCCCCCCUCCUGUGAUAUACCUUUCCCAGCAAGGCUGUGCUUCCUAAAGGUUCCAUCAACUCCCAAACAGCACUGCCACUGAGGGUCAGGGAUUCAAAUACUACCUGAGCUUACGGGGAACAUUUCUCAUUCAAACCAUCAUCGUCAUGUGUGGAUGGAGCCUAAAUGGCAGGCUCAGGGUGAUGUGUUCAGAUGUGCAUUGUCAAAGUCUAACAGCUGAUUGGAGCUUAAAUGUGUUGCUGUCUGGCUGAAUGGUAAUAUUGCAGUUAGAAGAGGUAAGGAUGUGAAUGGCUACAGUGGUUCUGUGGAGGGAGAAGAUACCUUUCUAGGGUUUCAGAGGAAAACUUAAGAAGAGCAGAGGAAAGCAAAGGGCCUUUCAUGCCUGGAUGAAGCAUCCAUGAUUCCAAGGGGACAGGAUGUAGAGACAGAAAAGCAGAAUAUGUAGGCUUAGUCUGUGACAAUUUGAACUGGGGGUUCCUAAUGGACCUUUGAGUAACAAUUCAUUUGUAUGUUUGAGCCUGAAGUUGGGUGAUAGAAUAUGUCUAGAGAGUUAUAUAUGUGGGUAUGGAGGCAAACUCACAAGCAAGGGAUUAUACUCAAAGUCAAAGCAGUAUUGUGCUUAAGACAGAACUGGAGAAGCACGGAAAUGUGAAGGGAGAUCCCUCAAGGCAAUGAGGACCACUCCCCAGCUGACUCUUGUCAUCUUUUUGACACUGCCUCCCUUGUUUGCUAACCUCUGGCUUCUUAGAAUAAUCUUGUGCUUUCUGGAAGUUUUACUGUGGAGGACUGAGCUCCCUGAGGAGGUGAAAUGGUUGCCGAGACUGUUCUUUCCUUUGCUGUUGGGACUGUGCUAGUGCCUCUUGCUUUCAGUCAUGGCUGUUGGAACUGUGCUGGUGUCUCUUAUUUGCAGUCAUGGCUGUUGGGACUGUGCUAGUGUCUCUUGUUUGCAGUCAUGGCUGUUGGGACUGUGCUAGUGUCUCUUGCUUUCAGUGAUGGCUGUUGGGACUGUGCUAGUGUCUCUUGCUUUCAGUGAUGGCUGUUGGGACUGUGCUAAUGUCUCAUGUUUGCAGUCAUGGCUGUUGGGACUGUGCUAGUGUCUCUUGCUUUCAGUGAUGGCUGUCGGGACUGUGCUAGUGUCUCUUGCUUUCAGUGAUGGCUGUUGGGACUGUGCUAGUGUCUCAUGUUUGCAGUCAUGGCUGUUGGGACUGUGCUAGUGUCUCUUAUUUGCAGACAUGGAUGUUGGGACUACUAGUUUAUCUUGUUUUCAGGGAUGGCUGUUGGGACUGUGCCAGUGUAUCAUGUUUGCAGUCAUGGCUGUUGGGAUUGUGCUAGUGUCUCUUGUUUGCAGUCAUGGCUGUUGGGACUGUGCUAGUGUCUCAUGUUUGCAAUCGUGGCUGUUGGGACUGUGCCAGUGUAUCAUGUUUGCAGUCAUGGCUGUUGGGACUGUGCUAGUGUCUCUUGCUUGCAGUGAUGGCUUCUGCUGCCCUUAUUAUCUUUUGCUUUCUUCCUCUUCACAAGUCUUUUGGUUUUAAGUUCAGACACAAAGCAGGGGUAACAGGGGCCAGGAGAACUGUCUACUCAAGUCUUUUGGGAACUCACUCAGGUGAUGUCUGUUCUAGACCAGAUCCACCACCUUGCCUAUAUCCCUUCAGAAGGACUUCUCUGCUUGAGUAAAUUGGUAUCUGGGUUUUACCUUACUCUCCUUGGGUGGUAGAUUCACUCUGCACAGUGGUGGACACAGUUCCUCAGCCCUAACUCUGGAACCAGAGUGGUGUUUGCUGCAUUAGGGGAGUUUUGUAUUUGGCUGAAAGCAGGCUAAUGGCCUUCCCUUUCACUGACUCAGCACAGAGCAGCAGACCUAAAGGUAAGGAAGGUAAGGGAAACAUGGGCAGGGCUUCUCUGGAGCCUAAAGCAGUUUCUCUCAGGUUUAUUCCCCAGCACAGAACUCAUAGCUAUGACUUCCUUUCCUGACCCCUCUCCAAAGCAGAGCAAAGCAGAUGCACGUUCUGGCCCUGUGCUCUGUUACAGGCUGCAGAGGAGAGCUGGUGUUUACUGACUCUCCGGUCAGGGAGCGAAUCUAAAAACAAAUAACCUCAUUGCCUUAUUGGUGGUGGUGGUGGUGGUGGUGGUGGUGUUUGAUUCACACCACAAGAGUCUGUUCUCUUCCUCCACCAUAUAGAUUUCAGUGAUUAAACUUGGGUCACCAGGCUCGGUGGCAAGUGCCUUUACCUGCUGAGCCACUUCCCUGGCUCAGGAAGCCAGCAGCUUUUGAGAAAUGAAUGCCAUGAUGUUUGGAAUGGAAGUGGGCAUGACGGAUAUCCUUUGUGCUCCAGGGUGCUGCCAAGGUCUGCUAUCCCCAACACCUCCCAUUUCCCCUCUCCCUUUCACUUCUACUGUGUGGAUGUUGAUGACUUGGCUCUGUCUCCUUCCCAGGCCUCUUGGGAGCCAGCUGUCUGCCAUCCAGCCCUGCUUGUGGUGACCCCUGGCGCCCACAGCUCUGUCCACCUGCACCAUCUUCAGGUUCUUUGCCUAUGCAGUUGUCACAUAUAUGCACACUCAGCAGCCCUCAUGCAGCCCCCGGGGAGCUUUGCACACUCAUCCCGGCCUUUGACUCAGCCCCUCAGACAUGAUAUCCCCUCAGGUGUUUCAGAUUAGGUUGGGUUCCCGGCUGCUGGGAUAGGCAGUUCCUAAAGUUAAAAUGAAUCAUACAAAAUACACUUUCUACCUCAGUUAGAUCCCUCCCUUGCAUCGGAUGUCCCUUACACACUCCAGUUUGGAGCAAGCACCGUUCUUAUUCCUCUCCCAGUCUGCUCCAAGGGGUCUGUGCAGCUGAGAAGGAGUGGUUAUCCAUCCUCAUUACACACACCCUCACACUUAUGAGCUUUUAGGCAAUGUAGAAUCCUCUUCUCUACCUCUGUCUCACUGCUCACCUCUAAAGGAGGAGGAGGAGGAGGAGGAGGAAGCAGAGGGUGUUAGACCUCCCAGUUCUCAGUGAGCAGCCAUUUUCCCACUCAAUGCUAACGGCUCCCCCCCCCCCCCCCCCCCACUUAGUUAAAGCCAGAGCCUCAGGUCAGUGAGGAGCAGCUCCUUUCUCAUUUAUUUUCUUUCUUUCUUUUUUUCUUAAAGAUUUAUUUAUUAUAUGUAAGUGCACUGUAACUGUCUUCAGACACUCAAGAGGGCAUCAGAUAUCAUUAUGGAUGGUUGUGAGCCACCAUGUGGUUGCUGGGAUUUGAAUUCAGGACCUUCAGAAGAGCAGUCAGUGCUCUUGACCGCUGAGCCAUCUCUCCAGCCCCUCUCGUUUAUUUUCUAAAUGCAUUGAACGUGGUCUGGGGAUUCACGUGGGACAACAUCAUCGUGAUUCUCUCUCUGUGUAGAUUCUUGUCAUGUUUGUUGCUUAUUGCUGAAGUCAUGCUUACUUUUUACAUCUGUGUUGCAGGAAAAUACACCAUAGUCAUGCUACCUAGAGGAUGAGGGUCACAGGAAGGGGCAUUUAAAAAAUCAAGUUCUGAGAACAGUAUCAGGCACUCACCUGAGCCCAAGUGGCUGUCACUGAAAACUGUUGUCACUUAAGUCUUGAGAGUUCCUGGUGCUCAGGAAGUCCUACUUUGGUGGCAGGUGGUGAAUCAGGAGGGAAGGGGGUGUCUCUUUCCACACAGAAGCUGGGAUUAGCCUCAGGGCCCUGGGCAACUAACAGACCACAAGAGAAGUUUGUGCAGUCCUAAGAGGCCCAUAGGACCAGCAGGUGGUGCCUCAGCGGCGCCCCCUGGUGGCAGUGGUCAGAAGCUUUCUACAAACCCAUGGACCCAGAUCAGGAGAGGGUGCCUGUGUGGAUGGCAGCUGACCACAUCUGAGAAAUCCUAUACCUGAAGUUUCUAAGAAACAGAAGUGAGACUGGGGAGGCAGGGGUCGCGCUAAACCUAUCUGUCAGGGAAAUGAAGUAGGUACAAUCAGCAGGGAUUUCUCGGUAGGCUAAUUCCUUUAGAAAAGUAGACAUUUGCAAUUGACUUUUUAGAUGUGUUGUGGUCACUGAAGUUAGAAUUGGUUGCCUCUUAGCCUGUAAGAGACUGACUGAAGACCUUAACUAAAACAAACAGGCCCUUCGGGGCUAUUAGGUCACCUGGCUUUAUUUUAUUUCAUUAUUCUGGCUUUGCUUUCUCAUUUUUUACUAUUUUCUUUCUUUUCUAUGCUAUGUUUUAGAGUGAGGUGGCCUGCAGAGUAAAUUACAUGAUGACCAAAAGGGGCAGGGGGAAGAAACUAGGUAUGGAUUCUUCUAGAACUUCUUUGUUACUCGAGAAGGGUAAAAGUGGAAGGGGAGCGCAUGUUGGGACUUGAAGAAGGGCUAACCAUGGCGGAAUUUGAAUUUCUGCCUUUUGGCUUCUUUAUAUUUCUGAAAAUGGCAUCUUGCUUAUUUUGCCCUUUGAUUAUAGACAGUACAUUUCUUUUUACAUUUUCACAGUUUCCUGUUUCUUUACUACCUGGUGGUUAUAAAGGUGCACCCACAGAUGAGUUCUGUGAGUCAGAUGUGCUUGGUGUGUCAGCCUCGCUCUGCCUCCCAGGCCGUCAAAAAAACAAGGAAGAAAUCGUUUGCAGUUGCGUGCUUCUCUGUUGCUGUGAUAAAACACAGAUCAACACCAACAUGUAGGAAAGGGUUUGUUGGGAGUUAGUUCUAAUGCUUUGUCUUAAUUUGGCUCCCAAAAGCCACACUUCCAAAUGCUGAGGGUCUCUGUCCCCAGCUGGCUUCGAUUAGUAAUAAAGAAUUGCUUGGUCUACA